UGGCAUAUCUUUUCAGUAAGGAGGAAAGAUUGUUUUAGCUCAGCUAUUUAUAUUGAUGAUUUUCAAAAGAGGACCUUUGAAUACUGCUUAAAAGUGUUUCCGCUGAUUAUGGUUAGCCUAAGCAAUGAUAGUACAAGGCAAGGGGCCUACUUCUUUGACCAACAAAAUGACCAGUUGAACCAAUCUCAGGAUGAUGAUGAUCUUUUGUUGGCCCACAACUGGUCUGGGGAUGAAGAGCCCAAGUUUCACAAAGUAAAGACAGUUCCUGUUUCCUAUUGUCAAGUCUUCUUACUGAUGUGCUAUGAAAUGUUGCUAUUUCUUGUUCCAUAUGGAUUAGAAAAGAGAUUGAACCUAGAUGAUAAGAAGAGCUUCUCUAUCUUGGUAUACAGCCACCUCUUGCUCUGGUUAAUUGUUGGUGUAAUUACUUACUACUCUCAACAUCAACAUGAAGUGAUGAAGAAAAAUGGAUAUGUUGAAUUCUAUUCAACUAUCAAAACAAUACAUAAGAUACCAUUCCACACAUUAUGUGUAGGUAAUGCAUUGUCACUUCUACUGGCUAUGCUGGCUACUGAUCUAGAAUUAUAUAAAAAGAAAGAGGUUCUUGAGCCUGUAAUGUUCUUGGAAUUGAUACUUACAUUGGAAUGGCUGAUUGCUGUCUGUUGCACUAUCAAAUACAUCAGUAUGGUGAGGGCGUUCAACAGGGCUAAGCCUGCACCAGAUGUAGAACAAGAGGAGGUUAUGACCUUAUUAACCCAAGCCCAUAUGCAUCGACAUGAGGUUGGCUUUAGAGAUGGGGAUUACCAUGACAACCUAUUAGAGAAGCAAGGUGAUAUGAUUCGUUACCUGAAGGAACAUAAUGAAUGUUUAAGUAAACGCAUCAUGACAAUAAAAACAUCAACUCACGCUGAACUACUUAGCAGUAUGUCCAGGUGAAGGGAAUUACUUACUAUGGGAUAUGAUGUGAGAGCAAGUGGUUGCUUCAACUGAACCUGUGUACAUUUCAUUUAUCCUGAAAUAACAAGGUCAAGCAGAUAUAUGUAUAGAACUGUGGUUGCAGAGCUGUAUUUAUUUUACAUUUAAUGUUGCCCACCAAGUUUAUGUGACUGAUGUAUAGAAAAAUUGACAAAGAUCUAUAAUCUUGAGGAGUGUGCGAUUGUAACAGUAGUUGUAUUGUUUCUGCUGAUGCAGUUGCAGAUCUUAUUUAAGUUGUCCUCUUCCAUGAUCCAUGGUGUAUAAUAAUAAUACACUGCAGGUAAUAAUAAUAAUUAGCUAUAUUUUAACACAGGAAAACUUGUUUCAACUAGAGUUGUUCUUCACGUCUGUGAAGAAGCAAAAAAUUAACAAAUUGAAAUUAACAUACAUUUAGUUAAUUGUACAACUUAAAGAAAACCAAAAGUACAAUUAAUACAACAAUUAUUCGAUAUGGAAAUGUCGCCAUUCUAAAGGAGUCCGCGUGCAUUCCCCAAUGGAAAUUUGUUGAGCAAAUAAUUAUUGCACUUUAGCUAGGUUGGCUGGCUGGGCUGGGCUCAAAUGUUAUACUGUAAAUCCCUUUCUCCGGCUAGCACUCCCUUUAUUUAGCCUCCCUGAAGAGGCUUCUGUGCAUUAUGAAAACUUUGUAGAUUAAAUUGUAUAUUUUUGUUUAUGUUAAUUUAUCUUUUGGCACUUGGCUAACAAUAAACUUCCAAUAGAGA